AUGAAUUAUUCUGAGAAUUCUCUAAACCACAUGGUUUCUAACCAAACCACAGCAAAGACCAACGCCUCUAUGUUUUUCUACUUGGAAUCCUGUCCACUGCCUUCUCUAGCCUUAUUAAUUGUAGUCAUUGCUUAUGUCAUAGUCAUAAUUGUCGGCCUUUUUGGAAACCUCUCACUCAUCAUCAUCAUCAUCAAAAAGCAGAGAAAGGAUAAAAAUGUCACUAACCUCCUAAUUGCCAACCUCUCCCUGUCUGAUAUCCUGAUGUGUGUCAUGUGUAUCCCUUUUACAGUCAUCUAUACUCUGAUGGAUUACUGGAUAUUUGGAGACACCAUGUGUAAACUGACUUCCUAUGCACAGAGUGUUUCCAUCACUGUUUCCAUAUUUUCAUUGGUCUUAAUUGCUAUUGAAAGGUACCAGCUAAUUGUAAACCCCCGUGGCUGGAAACCCAACAUAUCUCAUGCUUAUUGGGGCAUCAUGAUGAUUUGGCUGUUUUCUCUCCUGCUGUCAGUUCCCUUCUUCCUAUUUUACCACUUUACUAAUGAGCCUUUCCUCAACCUCUCCCUCCCCCAUGACCUCUACGCUGACCAGAAGGCCUGCGUGGAGGACUGGCCCUCUAAAGGACACCAGCUCCUCUUCAUCACCUCCAUGCUCAUGCUCCAGUACUUCCUUCUCCUGGGAUUCAUCUUUGUCUGCUAUGUGAGGAUCCUGAUAUGCCUGCAUAGGAGGAAUGGGAAGGUGGAAAGGUCCAGAGAGAGUGAAAGAAAGAGGAUAAACAUUGUGCUGAUCUCCAUUGUGGUGACCUUUGGAGCUUGCUGGCUACCCCUCAACCUCUUCAAUGCUAUCUUUGAUUGGUACCAUGAAGCCCUGAUGAACUGCCACCACGACCUAGUAUUUGUGUUCUGUCACCUGGCUGCCAUGACCUCCGCAUGUGUCAACCCUCUUUUUUAUGGCUUCCUCAAUAAUAAUUUCCAGAAGGAUUUCAUGGUGCUCAUCUGCCAUUGCCAGUGCUUGGCACCUCAAAGGAAAUAUGAAAACAUUGCUAUUUCUACCAUGCACACAGAUGAAUCUAAAGGGUUCUCAAAAUUAGCCCCUAUCCCAGCAGCAAUCUAA